CUCUUGGGUGAUCUAUAAGGUCUCGGCGAGUAAAGGCUGCAUAUCUGCACGAGUGUGUAUGUACAGUACAGUAUGUAGGGCCCUCUGUGUCGACGUGCUGAGGGGAUGGCACACCUCGCACUUUUCCCAGCCAAGCUUCGUUGGAGUUGGUUGGGUUGGUUCCUCCUCGGAGUUGACUGCGGGCAGCCCGCAGGAUGGAUCCCAACCUCAAAACAAACGCAAAAAGACUCGAAGGUGUGCGCGAAUUACGACACCAACACAUGCCGCAACUGCAGCGCCAACAGGGACAACUCCCGGCGGCUUAAUUUCAACGCGUCUGGCUUUAAUCGGCACAACAGUCACGGCGCCCUAUGUGAUCCCCUAUCACGUUCAACGCCUUCAAGGGGGUUGUUUUGGUCCUUGGGAAAUUGAGAGAUUGCCCAUGUUUUGAUCACGGCGCUGUGGGGCUCAGAACGUAGAUCUAUGUACAGUAAUAAAAGUCUAUCGUAACGUAGGGAUCCAAGUCCUGAUGGGGACCGUGUGCUGCUGUUGGCUUGUGG